GUUACUCGCAGCGUCUCACCCAUGGAGGAGCUACUGAUACCCACAGAAGCCGAGGAGGCGCCGCCCGAGCCUGCCGUCUUCUUCUCUCCGGCGGGACCUGCUAAAACUCCGCUGGAGAGAAUGAAGGACUUCAUGGCAAGCACGUUCUCGGUCGGUGUCAGAGAAUAUGUGAAGGACUACAUGAGGCAAAAUGGGCUGCUGACACUCUCUAUUCUAGCCGUGAUCACAGGAUGCGUACUGGGCUUCAUGCUGAGGGGUCUGGACCUCUCCACACAAGCCAAAAUCUAUUUCUCCUUCCCUGGUGAGCUGCUCAUGCGGAUACUUAAAAUGUUGAUUCUUCCCCUAAUUACUUCCAGUUUAAUGUCUGGACUGUCAUCUAUGGAGUCGAAGGCCUGCUGCAGGAUGGGAGUGCUGACGGUCACUUACUACCUUUGGACCACGUUCAUUGCAGUAAUUGUUGGCAUUGUACUUGUUCUCAUCAUCAAACCUGGCUAUGGGACACACUUGGAAAGCAGCAGACUGGGAGGUGGACAAGUCAUAACGUCUGCAGAUGCCCUGCUGGAUCUGGUCAGGAAUAUGAUCCCGUCCAAUCUCAUUGAAGCCACAUUUCAGCAGUACAAGACAGACAUUAUUCCAAUCAUAAAAACACCAGUGAACACAGGACGCCCAAAUUUUGUCUACCUGAUGCCUGAUGAAGACCAUCCAAAGGGUCGGACGGUGCAGUUGGAACUUACGCCACCUCCAGACAUCGAGUACAAGAACCGUCCAGGCAACAGUCAGCAGAUGAACGUACUCGGCAUCGUUAUUUUCUCAGCCACGAUGGGUCUCUUGCUUGGUAAAAUGGGCAAACGGGGAGCUCCUCUGGUGAACGUUUGCCAGUGCAUCAAUGAGUGUGUGAUGAAGAUUAUUAAUGCAGCCGUAUGGUAUUUUCCUUUUGGGAUCAUCUUCCUAGUGGCUGGUAAAAUCCUGGACAUGAGUGAUCCCUCCACACUUGGGAAGAAGCUGGGCUGGUACGGGAUGACGGUCAUGGCAGGCCUGUUUGUGCAUGGCCUCAUCUUGCUUCCAUUCUUUUAUUUCAUUCUGACAUGGAAAAAUCCUUUCACAUACAUCAGAGGUCUUCUGCAAGCCAUGGUCAUCGCUCUCGCCACAUCAUCCAGUUCAGCAACGCUGCCCAUUACAAUGAAAUGUUUGCUGGAGAACUGCCGAGUGGACAGGCAGAUUGCCAGGUUUGUGCUGCCAGUGGGAGCCACCAUUAACAUGGAUGGAACGGCACUGUAUGAAGCAGUCGCUGCUAUUUUCAUUGCCCAGGUCAAUGAGUACGAACUGGAUUUCGGACAGUUGGUCACCAUCAGUAUAACAGCGACCGCUGCCAGCAUAGGUGCUGCUGGAAUCCCUCAGGCAGGCCUUGUAACCAUGGUGAUAGUGCUGACAUCUGUCGGAUUGCCAGCGGACGACAUCACGCUGAUUGUGGCCAUUGAUUGGAUCUUAGAUCGCUUUCGAACAAUGAUCAACGUGCUGGGAGAUGCUCUGGCAGCUGGAAUCAUUGGUCACUUGUGUCAAAAAGACUUCCCUCCUGACAGAGCGGCGAACGCGAAUGGAGCUGCACAGUACAGCCAGACGGCUCAAAACAUGGAGAAUGUGCCUUUAACUGAAGUACCACUGCUGGCUGGGAAAGACUGUAUAUUAGAAGUGGUUGGGGACACAGUUUUUGAACGACCCACAGUCUACUAUAAUAUAUGUCAGGUCUGAGUCACCAGACGAUUGCCUUAUAUCCACAAACCUCCAUUCUACCACUGUGCCAUAAAGCAGUACUGAAUGAACACUUCUUCUGGUUCUUCUGUUUUCCGCUUUUUAAAACUGACUGAUAUUGGCUGUUUUGUACAGCUGAAUACAUUUAGGCAGCGUUCCUUUCCCUAUUCAAGGGAACCACUUCUAUUCACAAGGACCGACCAAAAAUAAGUCACCCCUCCCCCUGCUUUUGUCACCUCUGGUGCUGGAGGUACAGCAGUUAUUGCAUGCUGGCAUGCAUUCAGGAAUUUUGCCGUUCAGGUUCAGGCUGA